GCAAAAACACGCUUUCGCCAUCACAUCAGAUCCUCACUGCGCUGAUUCUCAAAACGCAUUCACUAACAUUUCACAACCAACCUCCAGAAACCCAUCAAGACACCUCAGCAGGACCGCCAGCGCAUCCCGUCUUUUGUUUGCAGACCAGCAAUCGUAAUGUCUGCUCUUAAGAAAUCCCUGGUUGCUGCCAAGCAAGCGGUCGAGCAGAAGGAUUUCAAAACUGGUCGCGAUAAUUGCACUCAGGCUUUGGCGAUUGAUCCGAACUCCUACAACGCGCUGAUUUUGUUGGGCUACUGUCAAAAUGAACUGCGGGACCGCGGCGCUGCCAUCGAAGCUUACCGCAAGGCCGUUGAUCUGAAUCCCCGAGCAGCAAUGGCAUACCAAGGUUUGCUGACGGUGUAUGAGGCAGAUCGCAAGGUCUCUGAAUAUAUCGAUACUACUUUGAUCUUGGCCGAUAUCUACCGAGAGCUAGACGAUAUCAAUCGAUGCACGAGUUUGAUGAACAAAACGCAGAGUUUCGUGGCAGAGAAAGGUUCUAAAAAAGAUAAAAUCAAAAUGCUGAAGGCGAUUCUUCCUGGGACCCCGGUCUACGAAUAUCUUGAAGGCCGGCUGCCGCAUCCAGCCUCGACUUUGCAGAAAUUGACCGAGAUGUUGGAGACUGAAGAAAGACAAACUAUUGAAGGUAGCGUCAGCAAACAACGGAAUAAAUUAGGUGUCAAUAUCAACACUAUGACGCGGAAAAUCAAACGAGAAGUUUAUGAGGCUUCGGAGCUUGAAAAAUACUACGAUCUUCUUCUCAAUUGGUCAGACGACGACCAGACACGGCGUCAGGUAGAAGGAAAGCUGCUCACUUUCCUCUACAACAAACUACUGGUGUUGCAACCUAAGGACAGACAGCAAACCAAACUACAGCUAUAUAAGAUGGCAACCGAAAUGGUGGUCCUACAUUCUCCAAUAGAAUUGGCUUGGUCAAUCACUCUAGACUGGAAUGAUUGUCGUGAUCUUUCCGAGCUCGAUGAGAAUCUUCUCCGGGAAUAUAUCAACAAUUUCCCUGAUACUGGCCUGUCGAAAGUCAUCCAAGCGUUCUUGAAAUCUGACAUUUCCCCGUUCCAUCGAGCAACUGAAGCCGAAACUGAUGGAGAUGAUGGAGAGUCUGAUGUGGAGUCAGUGACUGUCAUGGAAGAGCACUGGUCCGACGAGGAGCUAUUAGAAAAAUUCACGGAGGGCUACGAGAUGAAUCCUAACUCUCCACUGGCUAAUAGAAUACUAGGAAUGUACUACUUACAUAUCGGCGAGUAUGAAAAUGCAGUGGAGCUAUCCAUUUCUGGAUUGAAAGUACUACAGAAAGUCGUAAAGGACUUUAGCAGAAAUCUCAAGAAAUGUCGCGACGCUAUCUCAGUCACUUUGGGAACGGCAUACAUAUACUAUCAAGCACCAAGACACUUUGAUGAAGCGCUGCACAUAUUCGACGAGAUUUUAUCCGAUAUGCCUGAUCACUCUCAGGCGUUGAUCGGAAAGGCAUUAAUUUUUGAGGAGCAAUGUCAGGUCACGGAAGCUCGGGAUAUAUUACAGAGCAUCCUCGAUAAAGAUCCAAAGAACGUCGUCGCACUGUCUGAGAUUUCCUGGUGUAAGAUCCUUCUCGGACAGCACGAGGAAGGUCGUGCAGGUCUCGAGAAAUGUCUUUCGUUGUUGACCAGGGAUGAUCCGUCGUCGGAGAAUAUGAAAGCCAAAAUCUGGUGGAGAAUUGGAAAGAGCAUGUGGGAUGAGAGAAGUGACCUACGAAGCGAUAGAUCGCGAUCAUACAACGCUUUCGUGACAAGUCUCAAGUUCAACCCAAACUACGCGCCGUCAUACACGAGCUUGGGAGUUUUCUUUGCCGAUAUAGCAGGCGAAACCGAGCGAGCAGGCAAAUGCUUUCAUAAAGCGUUUGAGCUCGAUGCAACCGAAGCCGAGGCGGCUAAGCGCUUGACUGAAACUUUUGCAAAUGAGAGAGACUGGGAGUUGGUAGAGGUAAUUGCAUCUCGGUUUGCUGAGGCGGAGAAAAAGAGAAGCGUACCAGGAAAGGAAGCAUCGUGGCCGUAUAGGGUUCUGGGAGUUGCAUAUCUGCAAUCGCAAGACUUAGUGAAGGCCAUCCAGUCCUUCCAAACUGCUCUGAGAAGCGACAGCAGCGACACUCAUUCAUGGACCGGGUUGGGAGAAGCAUACGCCGCUUCCGGACGAUACAUCGCCGCAUCAAAGUCCUUCGUUCGCGCCAGCACAGUUGACCCAGAUAACUGGUACGCUCAAUUCCUGCUUGGUAUGGUUCACCGACAAAUUCAAGACUUUGACGAAGCCAAGACGUUGUUCAACUCGGUUCUCAGCGAGCGACCUAGCGAGUUUGUGGUGCUGAGCCAUCUUUGUGAAGCACUGGUAGCAUCAGCGCAGCAUAAUGUUGCUCGACACUACUACGGCGACGCGGUUUCUGACGCAGUCGAGGCUCUUGAGGUUGCUUUAACUAUCUCCAAAACUCGCACAGACUCGUUCAAUAUGUGGAAGAAUGCGGGCGACGCAAUUGCAAUUUUCUUCCAGGUCAAGGCUAUGGCCGAUAAGUUUCCGACCGAGACCGUCACGAGUCUGAUCCUGUCUGCUCAUCCGGAAUUCAACGCUGAGAUGCAGAGAAUUGAUGAAAUUGACGGGGUCAGCCUGAAAAAUAUCGGUAAACUCGACAACAUUGAUAUUCUCCAGACAGUUACGUUCUACCACUGCUUGGCCUACAAGAUGGGUCUAUUGGAAACAUACCAGACCAUGAAGAGUAGGGCGGUGGGGUGGUUCAAUAUCGCGUGCGCAGAGCUCCGAAUCUUCCAAAAGAUGGGCAUGGACGAGCACUACGAGUCGGCAGCGAUCGAAUGCUUCAAAAAUGCCAUCAAGCUCGAACCCAAAAACGCUCAAUUCUGGAACGCGUACGGAAUAACCACCGCGAGACAGUAUCCGCUGAUCUCGCAGCACGCGUUUAUCAGAUCUCUGAUUAUCGAUAAUAAGCAAGUGGUGGCCUGGGCGAACUUGGGGACGAUGUAUCUGAUCAAGGGAGAUUACGAGCUUGCAAACUUGGCGUUUACGAGAGCGCAGUCUGCUGAUCCUGACUAUAUGAUUUCGUGGCUCGGACAGGGUCUCAUUGCUAAGGCUGUAGGCGAGGAAGCGGAAGCAAACGAUCUCUUUGAACAUUCCUUCACGAUUUGCUCGGGUGCUGAUGUAAGUAAACUGGCUCAUCUUUUAUACGCCGCAUCAGCGUUUGCGCAGAUGACAAAGUCGUCUACACGCGCGCUCACGCCAAUCAACGUGGAGCUCGCCGUGUUCACCUUGGAAAAAGUUCUGCUUCUAGAUCCCGAAUACGUCCCUGCUGCGCAAUAUAAGGCUCUUGUUUUGGAAAGAAAGGGGGACUAUUCACGGGCAAUCGCCACUCUGACUGACGCUUGCAGCAGACUUGAGCAGCUUUACGAGGAUUCAGAGUCUCCAGAAGAAUUGCGAGAGUUUACGAAUGCCAAGGCCCAGUUAGCUCGUCUAUACUUGGCGCAUAAGGAUUUCUCCGAGUCCCUGGAGGCUUCGCUCUUCGUGGUUGAUCUUUCGGAAGGUGACGAUAACUUGCGACUAAGUCGACUAUCGGCCGAGAUCACCGCCGGGUUGGCGUAUUAUUACUCAAAUCAGUCUGACGAGGCGCUCAAGAUGUUUGGAAUGGCGGGUUCUGAUUCAAAUGACGAUCUUGACAUUUCCGUAAUGCUUGCCCAGGUGCUAUACAGCUUGGGAGGUGAAAACCGAGAGAAGGCAUCAGACCUGCUGUUUAAGAACAUUGAGCAGGAUUCUCAGCAUCUCAAGUCGAUCACUCUGCUAGGUACUAUCGGUCUCGUCGACGGCAGCGAAGACAUCGUCGACGCGAUCGAAGCCGAACUCACCGAUUUCGACAUCGACCAACAACUCAACUCGGUCUCGGAUAGAUCGAUCGAGAUCUUGAUGUCGGCACUCGAAGGAAGCAAGAGCAAAGACCACAAGCCGACGGUGCGUCCGUGGUUGCAGUCUGCGAUACUGAAGCCAUCUGAUCCCAAGAUCUGGAAUCAUAUCGAUCGCAAGACGGCACUUGAGACCGCGAUGCUGGAGAAAUCCGUCAAAGCGAGAGAGCUGAGCGACGAGUUUGUCGCCGCGGGAUCGUUUGCCAACUCUAUCAAAGCGAUCUUCAUAAGCCCCGGGAACGAAAAAGCAUGGGGUAACCUCGCAAGUCUAACUGAAGAGUUCUCUAAACGUCCUCCGCCAGCUGUGAAGGGGGGUAAUGCGCUGGAAGAGGAUAUAAUCAAAGGCGUGGGAGAAAUGAAGGUGGGUGCAUGAGCGCAUAGCAAUGUGGUAGGAUACAGUAUAUAUAGUCAAAAGUUGCUGGUCAUUAGCUAUUAUGUACAUAUACAAAUUA